AUGUCAUGGAUAGAAAUGAAUCCGACUGAUGUCGGGAAUUCGAUUUUCACUGAAAAGGGCCCAUUGUCAGCCACCAAACACAAUUUCAAGAUCUCGAGUAUUGAAACUGCUUAUAGAUUGAACGAUUUGGAACUACUCCAAACUCUUGCAAAGUCCAGAAAGGGGCUAGUAAACAAUGAACUGAGGAGGAAAGUAUGGCCUGUUCUUUUGGGAUUAUCAUCGCCUGAUGUUUCGGUGGUAUCGAGUAAGCUGGAUAUAGCUGCUACUGAUCUUGAUAAGGAGAGACAAGACAAUGUCAGACCUGUGGACAAGCUUGAUAUUUAUGGGCAUGGGAGAGGAGGAAUUGACAGUGAGAAGGAUUCUGCCGCUGACGGAGAUUCGGAAAAGGGAGACAAUCAGCCGGACGACCGUAGUACGGAAACUGUAUCCAUACAGGAUGAAGCUCAGUCACCAACGGCUUCACAAUUUCCAUCCGAAGGUGUUUCUUCUCUGUCCCUGGACUCUCAGUUGAAAUCGCCUUUGGAAUCAGAUUCGGAACUUGUUUCACAGGUCAUUUCUUCAUAUUCAUUGGCUUGUCCUGAAUGCAAAGAUAAGGACCAGGUCAAGCUGGACGUAGAUCGUUCGUUUGUUUUUUACCCACAAGACCCUCCUAAGGAAUUAGCGGUGAAGCUUCUGAAUGUAAUAUGUACGGUACUUGCGGAUAAUCCAGAUCUCUGCUAUUACCAAGGCUAUCACGAUAUAGCUCAAGUUAUUCUUCUGGUUCAUGAAACGGAUCUAUACAGUCAUACCCCUCCAGAUCCUCAGGUAUAUAAGAUCUUAGAAGCGAUAUCGUUACAGAUGCUUCGAGACUUCAUGACUCCUGGCCUGUCGCCUGCACUUCUACAUCUAGAUUUCAUUCCCCUAAUAGUCACAUUAGAAGAUGCAUACUUAGGGGAGCUAAUCCGGAACAAUCCGCCAUAUUACGCAUUGUCGGCAGUACUGACAUUAUUUUCUCACCAUGUACACUCUUUGGAGGAGAUAUCAGUUGUUUUUGACUAUAUUAUUGCCAGUCAAAACAUGGCCAUGCCGAUUUACAUGUAUAUUGCGCUAAUUAUCAGUCAAAAGGCUGUUUUGAAAAAGGCUGCUAGUGAUCCAGAUAACAUCCAUUCUAUUCUGUCAACGAUUGCUGACGAUUUUGACGGUGAUCUGUUUGAUCAAGUUUUAAAACCAGCAUCAAAGCUAGCCGAGAAAUAUCCGCUCUCCAAUUUCAAAGAGCAACAUGGUAAACUUUCCGAGUAUUCGGUUUUGAAGGCGACUCUUCGAGAUGACAACAGCAGUGAGACAGUAUUUGCCAGAGAACACUCAAAAUCAGUUCUUCAUUUACAGGCCGAGGAAUGCAAAGAGCAAAUGAAGCUUGAAAAACAGCGUCAGGAAGUGGAAGCUGAAGAAAGACGCCGGGCCGCUGAGAAAAACAAAAUCGUUAAGAAGUCAAAGGCAUCAACUCGUGCAAAUAAGUCGGCUUCAACUUCGGCUCUAUUGCUGGGUAGAAUGAUGGUUAUACCAGUGGGUCACCGCAAAUUAAUUAUCCCAAGAUCGCUUCUUGGGCUGUCCAUUUGUAUUGGCGUUAUCGGUGUCAUUGCAUCUGGAUACAAGUAUGAUACCCAAUUCAGCUGGUUCAAGUUUUUCACGAGAUCGUAG